UUGAAAUGGUGGAGUUUGUUACUCAAGUUUGUCUGCUUUUAAGGAGGCUGGAGGAUCCUGCCCCCGUCCGACAGGGCCAAUCACAGAGGAGCGGCUUUAUUGCGCCGUGAGGUGUCUGUGAUCGUGUCACUGCUGUGGCUGAACCCACGGAGACCAGGUGGAGUGGGUCAGACAGAGGGCAUCUCAUUCUCCUGCAAAAGCAACAUCUGCAAAAAUAAGAAAAUCUUUUGAUUUUUAUUUUUUACUUUGAUGAAGUGAAGUUUUGGUUUAGAUGGAGAAAUCGAAAAACUUCUGCAUCGAUGCGCUCCUGGCGCGUGACUCCGGGCACCAGACAGUGAGCGGCGGCGCGCUCCCGGGGGCCUUUCCCAGCGGGGGCCCCAGCACUGCUCCUGUUCAGAGCCACAGAAGAGAACCGUCUCCCCCUCCUCCGAACUCUACGUGCAGUUCGUCCGCCACCCCCAGACUCCUGUCCAAACCCAGCCUCCUCAGCCUGUCGGGCUUCGCUGCGCUGCAGCAGGCGGGUCUCAUCGGAGUCCACGCGCUGUAUCCUCUGGGGCCCCCCGCCUUCCUGCCGUCUGCAUGGGCGCAGCUGGCUCAGCAGCAUCCAGGCCAGAUGAAGGGGAUCCCCGUAUCCAAGAUGUCCCACCUGGAGCCGUGGAUCGGAGGGGGCACCGGAACAACCGGACUUGGGGAGUAUGGAGCCCCCAGUCAGGCAGCUCUUCUGGGGAAGUGUCGGAGGCCGAGGACUGCUUUCACCAGUCAGCAGCUGCUGGAGCUGGAGAACCAGUUCAAGGUCAACAAGUACCUGUCCAGACCCAAACGCUUCGAGGUGGCCACGUCGCUCAUGCUGACAGAGACACAGGUUAAGAUCUGGUUCCAGAACAGACGCAUGAAGUGGAAAAGAAGCCGUAAAUCCAAGGAACACCUCGCUUCAACCCACCCUGACACAGGAAGAACCAACGCAGAAAACCACAGGCUCAAACCGGAUCUCGACUCUCUUUGCUCGAGUCCGGGAGAGGAAGAGGAGAUGGGAGCAGACGAUGAAGAUUACACAGAGGAGACAGAGUUGCUGAGGAAAGACUCUUUGAGUAUCACAGCUUUCACAAGAGGAGGAAUGGAGGACUACGUGAACUGUCACCCGAAGGACGCAGCCCUGGGAAAAACCAAUCCAGUCUUUGUAUAGUUGUAACCGUUAGCAUCUGCUUGCAGUACACAAAGUAUCAUUAGGCGCUCCAUGAGGUGACAUGAAGAGGAAAUUAAUCUUCAGGUAGAGCAGGAAGUGUUGACAUCUGCACAGGGUGAUGGUGCUGUUUGCCUGGAUAUUUAAUGGUUCUAUAAUAAUCCAUUCAGGCCUUAUAACUAGAAAAUCAAACUCAGCCACUUUAGUGGGCACAGCUGUACAAUCUAAUAAAAGACAGUUCAGGAGUUUUUUAGGAUAAUAAAACAUCAUAUUAGGUUUAUUUUUGAAUUAUAAAGGUUGCAUUUGUAUUGCAAACAUAGUGUCAAUCUUAUUUAUUGUUUAGAUUUAAGUAUCCCUCGUAUAAAAGCAAAUGCUGAUUUGUCAUGUUGUUUUAAUUAAAUGUGUUUUACCUGCAGAAAAACAUUUAGAUCUGCAAUUGUCUCAGGUGUAAGAUCUUCUCUUGCAACCACACAACAAAAUUAUAAAUAAAGAUGUCAAUUGAAGGGGGAUUUUAAAAAUGGACGUUUUCUAGUCUUCUAUAAGCAUGUUUCAAAAUGUAUAUAAUGAUAAAUGAGUAUUGGUUCAUUUAAAACUACUAAAGUAAAAAAUAAAUAUUUAAAAACAAUUUCUAUAUUUUUUUUUGUAUUGCACUUUUUAUUAAAAUGUUACAGGUAAUAUAGUAAAAUGGACAGAAACAGUUGAAUGAUUAAAUUUGUGGUAAAAAGAACAACAUAUGUCAGGGUAAAAAUACGUUUGUUUAACUAAACAUAUAAAAACCAAAAGGUUUUAACAAACCAGGUAAGUUCCCCUUUGAGGGGGCAAUAAAGUUUUUUCUAUUGUGUUCUAAACUAGAAACAAACUACCAUUAUCUAUUCAUUUCUUAUUUAUCAUAUUUUGCUUUAACUAUUCAUUUGUUGUUGCUCAAAUGUUUCUGUUGUAAUAAAAAAACAAACUCCUACAAUAAUUUGUAUUAUAUCUCUCUUAAUGUGAAACUUUUUUUUAUGUUUUGAGUUGAAAAGAGUGAUGUUUUGUCACCAGUGUCAAAAUAUAUUGUUUUGUAAAAAAUAGUUUUACUAGUUAAAAAAAUGCAUUAAUUUGCAUUUCAAAUGUAUGGUUAGAAAAUGAUUAAAGUGACUUUAAAACGUA